GAAACAUAUUUUCUUUUAUUAUAAUUUAUAUCCUUUGAAAUUGUUUUACAGUUUGCCGGCAUUACCGGUCUGGCACGGCCAUAUAUGAACUCACAUAUAUUUGUGUAGAAUUAACAUUUCAAAAAAAAAAUUUCUUUGGAUAAUUGAAUGAUAUAAGUUUUGUGUUAGUUUACCUUUUAUUUCAAACUUUUAAAUUCUUUCUUUAAAAGAACUUCAGUUAUUACCGAAUAAGGGGGUGGAACGCGUAUGUUAAGUAUUCACUCGAGGCAGUUCGUUUAGGCUUCAGUGUGACAUGGCGCUUAGCGUAAAACCAUUCAAAAUCUAAAAAUUUGUAAAACUUAAUACUUGGUUUCAAAUAUUUUUCAGUAAAUAUUAGUUUUAAUCAUAAGCGCAGGUUGCCUGGGUUUCAUUCAUCACAAUAAUUUUCUGGAAGCUAUCCCGUCGCUAAUGAUUAGCCACGUGGUAUGAAUAAACAGCCAUUUUGAUUACCGAAAUAUUUCAUAUGUUGCCACAUAUUCAGAUUUUCAUUUAAUCAUUCAACAGCCCUCGAACUCUAAAACGAAACAUUCAUCAUGGGUAAGGAAAAGUUUCACAUCAACAUUGUCGUUAUUGGUCAUGUCGACUCUGGCAAGUCAACCACAACUGGCCACUUGAUCUACAAGUGUGGUGGUAUUGAUGAGCGAACGAUCCAGAAGUUCGAGAAAGAGGCCCAAGAGGUGAGUUACUGAUAAAAGAAACGUGUCUUUUAAAUUUAAUAACUUUAUUCAUGUUAACACUUUAGCAUUGAAUCACAUGAACUUAAAGAUAAUUUGGACUGCAAAUGUACCUUAUCUUUUUCUAAAUUUGUUUUACAGAUGGGCAAGGGUUCCUUUAAAUACGCCUGGGUGUUGGACAAAUUGAAAGCUGAGCGUGAGCGUGGUAUUACCAUUGACAUUGCUUUGUGGAAAUUUCAAACUGAUAAGUUCUAUGUCACCAUCAUUGAUGCCCCAGGCCAUCGUGAUUUCAUCAAGAACAUGAUCACUGGCACAUCACAGGUAUAUCAUUUUAUAUUAAACCAUUUACUAAUUACCAUUAUCCUAAUUUCCUCAUACUUGUUAAAUUUGUAGAGAUAUAAAUAUUACAAUAAAAAAUCCACCUAAAUCCACCUUUCUACAGGCUGACUGCGCUGUCCUGAUUGUUGCAGCUGGUACUGGUGAGUUUGAAGCUGGUAUCUCCAAAGAAGGCCAGACCCGUGAGCAUGCUCUCCUUGCUUACACUCUUGGUGUUAAACAGCUCAUCAUUGGUGUCAACAAAAUGGACAGCACCUCACCACCAUACAGUGAAGUAUGUGUACUCAGCUCUUGAUUUGAAUUAGCUACUCUUAGUAAAGCAGAGGUGUCUACUUCUAAGUGCGAAUGAAUUGUUUUUGGUCAACAUUUUUAGAAUCUGAAAUGCCCCCUGCUUCUGGUUAUGACAGUGAAACUAUUGUACACAUAUCGAUUGUGUAUAUAUAUCUAUAUAACACAAUUGUCGAGUUGCAGUCCAUAAUAAAAAAUUAUUAUAAAUAACUACACUCAGUUAAGAAUUUUGAAUAGCAGUUCAUGAGAUGCUUUAAAUAUUUAGAAUAUAUUUUUUUUGCUUACAGGCCCGUUUUCUUGAAAUUAAAAAUGAAGUCAGCAACUACAUCAAGAAGAUUGGUUAUAACCCUGUUGCUGUUCCUUUUGUACCCAUCUCUGGUUGGGUUGGUGACAACAUGCUCGAGGAUUCCCCUAACAUGACCUGGUACAAGGUGAGUUUAAAGAACAAAGUACAUUUCUUAUAUGUGUUUAUAUUAAUAUAUAUAUGUGAAUAUAAAUUCAUUUGCAUUUUGAUAGUUUGUUUAAAUGCAAUGUUCUUACACAAAAUUUCAGGGCUGGUCCAUUGAACGUAACAAUGUUCUUACACAAAAUUUCAGGGCUGGUCCAUUGAACGUAAAGAUGGCAAUGCAUCUGGCAAGACUUUGAUCAAUGCUCUUGAUGCAAUUCUGCCACCAUCUCGCCCAACAGAUAAACCCCUGCGUCUUCCCCUUCAGGACGUAUACAAAAUUGGUGGUAUUGGUACUGUGCCAGUUGGUCGUGUUGAGACUGGUAUCAUUAAGCCAGGCAUGGUUGUCACAUUUGCACCAACUAAUGUAACAACUGAGGUAAAUAUAAUUCAAUAUUCAAUUAUAUCUUAUAUAUAUGAUAUAUAUGUAAUCAACGUUGACAUGUUAGGUGACCUAGUCGUUGACUUCUUUACCUGAUACUGUCAGUGUGGCGAGUAGGAGUUAAUGUGUUCCUUGUGAACACGAUGUUGGGUCCUUUUCCACAACGUUGUACAUCAAGAAUUCUCCUAACUGCUCUUGUUAGAUGUUGAAUUUCCCCUGCAUAUUCCAUAACCUUCUCUGAAUUGCUAUGCAAUAGUGAAUGAGGAGAAAAACCAUGCAGUGGACAGUUUUAUUACUCAGCCAAAAAGUACUUGUUAAAAUAUUAACAAUAAUUUUAACAAUAUAUUUUCCGUCAUAUUCAUAACAUAUUGUUGUUACAGGUUAAGUCUGUAGAGAUGCACCAUGAAGCUCUCGCUGAGGCCACACCAGGUGACAAUGUUGGUUUCAAUGUCAAGAACGUGUCCGUCAAGGAAAUCCGUAGAGGCAAUGUUGCUGGUGACAGCAAAAAUGAUCCACCCAAGGCCACUAAGCAGUUCCAUGCUCAGGUGAGACUUAUUUUAUAAAUUUAUAAAAUAAUCAUCAGAUUAUACUUACCAGUUUCAAUCAUAUUUGAUAUUGAAGCCAGUAUCCAUUUUCUUCACCUCCUUGUACUUUAAAAAAUUUUUUGUUUGUGUGGACUAAUUUUUCAUUAUCCCUUUAGGUCAUCAUUUUGAACCACCCUGGUGAGAUCAAGAAUGGCUACGCACCUGUGCUUGAUUGCCACACUGCCCACAUUGCCUGCAAGUUUGCUGAGAUCAAGGAGAAAUGUGAUCGCCGUUCUGGUAAAAAGCUUGAAGACUUCCCCAAGUUUGUCAAGUCUGGUGAUGCCGCCAUGGUUGACCUUGUACCAAGCAAGCCCAUGUGUGUGGAGGCCUUCCAAGAAUACCCCCCACUUGGUCGUUUUGCUGUGCGUGACAUGAAGCAGACUGUUGCUGUCGGAGUAAUUAAGUCUGUAAUUAAGGAAGAAGCUUCCGCAGGAAAGGUCACUAAGGCUGCUGCCAAGAAGAAGUGAAAGGAGCAGGAACCCUCACCGUUUUCAGUAGGACUUCAGAAAAAGGUGACAGGGUCAUGUUUUAAAAUACGCCAACAAAGUCCUAAAGACUUGGAGAAGGCUAGAAUCUACCACCAUUACAGUAGCAGUGAAAGUCUCACUGCUGCUUCUUUAUCCUUUAAUUUUAUGCCCAUAAAAAAGCUGACUCAGUUGAUUUUAAUUUCUUGGUCUAGAUGGCUUCUACAGUCAAAAUUGCACAGAAAAGAGUUCAGGAGGAAAAAGGGUUAUUCCUAGGUUAACUUUUAUUCAAUGUGUACCAUAAACGUUCGUUUUAAGUGUAAAUUAAAAUCUUAAGUCACUGUUCAUAAGAGUUGUUUUUAAUUUGUUCGUUCAUGUAUGUAGGGCUGCUGCGAAGUGCAAGCUUUUAAUUUUUGUGUUCAUAUUGGGGGUACUAUUUCUUAAAUCCACUUACUUGAUAGUACUUUGGAGAUGCUUACUGUUAAUGUAAUGUUUUGCAAAACUAAUGUGGCUACGGAAAGUAAUCUGAUGCUAUUCAGUUCAAAAUCUGACCGGAUUAUGGAUAAAACCUAAGCAAAUUUGAAUAUAAUGGGUGUUACUAUUCUCGCUCACUGAUUAGAUCAAAUCUUGUGGCACUUUUAAAAGAAAAUGGUCUUGGGGUAUUAUUUAAAAUGCUAAUGUCCCUUUCUUCUGUAACUGAUGAUGUACUGGACAUGUUUGAAAUCUCUAGCUAAAAGUAAAAAUGCCAUUUGUAUGACCAUCAUUGAUCAGGUUAAUUAAGGUUUUUUGAGAUUUUACAACCUUAGGAAAAAUGGGUUGACGUUGCCCUUUAAAAGUGAAAGACAACACAAUCCAUGUAGAAAUUAUAAAUUAAGCAAAUAAGUCAUUUUCUUUUCUGUAUUUACUGUACUGUUUGAUCAUAACAUUUUAUUGUAAUGAAGUGAAGGGUUGGAAGAAAAUAUAACUUCAGUUCACAUAAAAAAUGAAGAUUGUUAUCGUGGAAUCAUUUCACCGCAAGUUUGUCAAGAUUGGUCCAUAAUAAAAAGUUUAGGCCAAAAUGUAAA